UCUAUCCAAUUAUUUAUUUUCUUCUUUUCGAGCGUGGCUAUGGCGUCGGCAAUGGAGGCGCGAUCUCUCUAUCGAUCACUGCUUCGCGAAGCACGGAGAUUUCCCGAUUAUAACAUUAGGGAGUACAUCGCGAGGCGCUGCCGUCAAGGAUUUGAGGCUAGCAAGGCAGGAGGAGGCCGUGAUUUGUUAGCGUUUGGGGAAGAACAGCUCGAGCUUGUGAGGAGGCAGAGCCAAGUCUAUGGUAUGUAUGCCCCCAAAAUCAAGAAUGUGAUGGAGAUCAAAGUCUCCAAAGCUUGAUAGAGAAGAUCCCAAGAUUAUCACACGUCGAUCUUGCAAGAA